UCUGCUUUGCUUGCACAGAGGCUUCCAGAGUGGAGUGAAGAAUGGCUGUGGAACAUGUACAAGGCUCCAGCAAGGGAUUUGUGAUAUUCAGGGAUGUGUCUAUAGACUUUUCUGAGGAAGAGUGGGAAUGCCUGGAUUCAACUCAAAGGAAUUUGUACAAAUAUGUAAUGUUGGAGAAUUACAGCAACCUGGUCUCAGUCGGAAUUUGCAUUCCCAAGCCAGAUGUGAUCUCUUUAUUGGAGCAAGGGAAGGAGCCUUGGAGUGUUUUUGACGGUGAGCUGACAAGGGGCCCGUACCUAGAAGAGGAAACUGAGACACAAAAACUUGAAGUAACUUGUCCAAAGCCAACAACUAAAUAUAAAUCUAGAUGUGAGAACAAGGAAUUAUCUCUGAAAAAGGAUAACUAUAAAAUAGAUUCAUCCCAAUGGGUUAUAAUGGAAGAAUUUACAAAGCAUGGACUUAAACAGGGAUCUCAGAAAAGACAUUUUAGCCACAUCUCUGAACACAUGCCCCCUUUCAGUCAGCAUACAUCUCUUCCUCUACAUCAAACAUUUAAUACCAAAGGGAAAUCUUAUGAAUGCCAAAAAUAUAAAAAUGCCUAUGGACAGGGUUCAAAAUUCAUUACACAGCAAGAAGGCCAUACUGGCAAGAAAGUCUAUGACCAUAAGGAAUAUCGGAAGGGCCUUAGUAGAACUUCAAAAGUUAGUUCAUAUCAUUCAAUGCAUGUUGAUAUGAGACCCUAUGAAUGUGAGGAAUGUAGUAUGUCUUUGAAUAAUGGCUCAGACUUUAUACAACACCAGAUAAUUCUUACUAGGGAGAAAUCUAAUGAAUUUAAGGAAAGCAAGAAGGCCUUUACUAAUGCCUCACAGUUUUUUCUACAUCAUAGCAUUCAUACAAGUGAGAAGCCCUUUAAAUGUAAGGAAUGUGUUAGAGAAUUUAGUAAUGGUACAGCCCUUAUUCGUCAUCAGAGGAUUCAUACUGGUGAAAAGCCCUAUGAGUGUAAUGAAUGUGGAAAAGCUUUUAGUACUAGUUCAAUUUUUAGAGUACAUCAGAGGAUUCAUACAGGUGAGAAACCCAAUGAGUGUAAAGAAUGUGGAAAAGCCUUUCGUCAUUCCUCAUACCUUACCCAACACCAAAGAAUUCAUACUGGUGAGAAACCUUAUAAAUGUAAGUACUGUGUUAGGGCAUUUAGUAAUGUUUCAGCCUUUAUUCGGCAUCAGAGGAUUCACACUGGUGAGAAACCCUAUGAAUGUAAGGAAUGUGGAAGAGCCUUUAGUACUGGCUCAAUACUUACAGCACAUCAAAGAAUUCACUCAGGUGAGAAACCCUAUUUAUGUAAGGAAUGUGGGAAGGCCUUUCGUCAGUCUUCAGACCUUACUCAACAUCAGAGAAUUCAUACUGGUGAGAAACCCUACAAAUGUAAGGAAUGUGGAAGGGCCUUUCGUCGUUCAUCAGAACUUUCUCGACACAAGUUAAUUCAUGGUGAUGAGAAACUGUAUGAAUGUAAGGAAUGUGGAAAAAUCUUGAGUAGAGAUUCAAUACUUAUACAACAUCAGAAAAUUCACACUGGUGAGAAAGCCUGGGAAUGUAAUGAAUGUGGGAGAGUUUUUACUUGUGCAACAUACCUGACCCGGCAUCAGCGAAUUCAUACUGGUGAUAAACCAUAUACUUGUAACAAAUGUGGAAAAGCCUUUCUUCGUUCUUCAGACCUUAUUCUGCAUCAAAGAAUUCAUACUGGUGAGAAACCCUAUGAGUGUAAGGAAUGUGGGAAGGCUUUUGCAAGAGGCUCAAAUCUUAAUCGCCAUCAAAAAGUUCAUACGGGUGAGAAACCCUAUGAGUGUAAAGAAAGUGGGAAAACCUUUAGUAGUAGCUCUGCCAUUAGACAGCAGAGGAUUCAUACUGGUAAGAAACCCUUUGAAUGUAAGGAAUGUAGAAAGGCCUUUCAUUGUUCCUCAGACCUUUCUCAACAUCGGAGAAUUCAUAAUGGUGAUCAUUUUCCUGAGAAAUCCUAUGAAUGUAAAGCAUGCAGAAAAUACUUUAUCCAUGGCUUUCAACUUUCUGAACAUCAGAAAGUUCAUUUUGAUGAAAAAUUCUAUGAAUGUAAAGAGUGUGGAAAGGCCUUUAUUCGAGGCUCAGAACUUAUUUACAAUCAGAGAAUUCAUGUUAAGAAACCCUAUGAAUGUAAGGAGUGUGGAAAAGCCUUUAUUUGUGCCUCACAGCUUACUUAUCAUCAAAGAAUUCAUACUGGGGAGAAACCUUAUAAAUGUAAAGAAUGUGGGAAGGCCUUUAUUCGUGGCUCUCAUCUUACACAGCAUCAAAGAAUUCAUACUGGUGAAAGACUCUAUGAAUGUAAUGAAUGUGGUAAGGCCUUUUUUCGUGGCUCUCAACUUACUUACCAUCAGAGAGUUCAUACUGCAGAGAAACCCUAUCAAUGUAAAGAAUGUGGAAAAGCCUUUAUUCGUGGCUCCCAACUUACUGAACAUCAGAGAAUUCAUACAGGUGAGAAACCCUAUGAAUGUAAGAAAUGUGGGAAAGCUUUUAGUUAUGGCUCACAGCUUACUCUACAUCACAGACUUCAUACUGGUGAAAAACCCUAUAAAUGUAAAGACUGUGAGAUGUCCUUUAUUCGUGGCUCACAACUUACUGAACAUCAGAGGAUUCAUACAGGUAGGAAACCACAUGAAUGCAAGCAAUGUGGAAAGGCCUUUAACUAUGGCUCACAACUUAUUCGACAUCAGAGGAUUCAUACUGGUGAGAAACCGUAUGAAUGUCAAGAAUGUGGGAAAUCAUUUAUUCGUGGCUCACAACUUACAGAACAUCAAAAAAUUCACACUGGUGAAAAACCUUUUGAAUGUAAGGAAUGUGGGAAAGCCUUUAUUCGUGGCUCACAUCUUACUCAGCAUCAGAGAAUUCAUACUGGUGAAAAACCCUAUGAAUGUAAAGAGUGUGGGAAGGCCUUUAUUUAUAGCUCACAACUGACUCAACAUCAGAGAAUUCAUACAGGUGAGAAUCCCUGUGAAUGUAAGCAGUGUGGUAAGAUCUUUAUUUGUGCCUCACAACUUACUCUACAUCAGAUUUCUCAUUCUGAUAGGAAACCAUAUGAAUGUAAAGAAUGUGGUAAGGCUUUUAUUCGUGGCUCACAGCUAACUUACCAUCAGAGAGUUCAUACUGGUGAGAAGCCUUAUGAAUGUAGUGAAUGUGGGAAAGCCUUUAUUCGUGGUUCACAUCUCACUCAGCAUCAGAGAAUUCAUACUGGUGAGAAACCGUACAAAUGUAAUGAAUGUGGCAAGGCCUUUAAUCGUGGCUCACAGCUUACUCAACAUCAGAGAAUUCAUUCUGGUGAAAAGCCUUAUAAAUGUAAUGAAUGUGGUAAGGACUUUAGACGUCAUUCACACCUUAUUCAACAUCAUAAACUUCAUGAUUGAGAAAAACUUUAUGAAAAUACAAAUUUAUCAAAUCUUUUGUCUGCCCAGACAAAGCUUUUGUCUUCCAAAGCUGAGUGCCAUUGACACUCAGCUUUGGAAUAUCAGAUAAUUAAGAUUAUGAAAAAGGAAAUCCUUUUUUACUUUCACUGAUGGUAACUGACUAUCAGAAAAUGUAAACAAAGGCUAGAUUAAUAUAAUGGAGAAUCAGUUUCCAUCAUAUUUCAUUCUUUGUUAGACAUUGGUGAAUUCAUGCAAGAACACAACCAUAAAAUUUAGGAUUUUCUUGUUUGGCAUUGUUCUCUUAUUUACGUGAUCUGAGCUCCACCAUAGUAAAUGUGUAUUCCUUUGGGAAAGUUAGUUAACCCCUGUUGCUUUAGUUUUUUCAUUUAUAAAAGGUUAAUAUCAUUCUCAUCAUGAUUUAAGGACAUAAAUGCAUAUAAAGCCUUAAAGCAAUGUGUAAUACAUAGAAUAUACUUAAUAAACAUUAGUUAUUAUUGAAAUUUUAUGUUUAUUCAGUAUUUAAAAGUUUCCUUCUAGGCUCAAGAGUAAUUAUUUUUUUA